GCCCACCCUUAUAUACUUACACACAAUGCCGUAAACUAAUUAAACUUAUAAUUCAGAUACCACAAUCUCAGGCCUUGCCAUUAAUUAAGCUGUUGUAUCAUAUGUGCGGCUCAUAGUCAUCACCAUCGACCAUUUCAUAGUUCAUACCCUCAAUUAGUAAUUAUGUACGCAAUUGCUACUGUGGCUCUGCCUCUCUUCAUCUUUCUCAUCUCAUUACUGUUUCUAACUCUAUGCUACACCAGAAAGCGAAGCAGAUCCCUACUUACCGACUGGCCGGUUUUCGGCAUGCUGCCGGGGCUACUGAACAACCGAGCCCGAGUCUUCGACUUCGUGACUGAGAUCUUGAAGCAGCAUCGAGGCACAUUCUUCGUCAAAGGGCCUGUCUUUGGAAACAUGGAUACCAUGAUCACCUGUGAUCCUGCAAAUAUCAACUACAUAUUGUGCAAGAACUUUCCCAAUUUCGGAAAAGGCCCCGGUUUCAAGGACAUAUUUGCUCCCCUGGGAGAUGGAAUAUUCAUUGCAGAAUCGGAGUUAUGGGAAAACCAGAGGAGACUCUCCAAGUCUGCGAUAAACCACGCCAGUUUCUACGAGUUUGUUGCCGCGGCUACCUGGAGGAAGCUCGAGACAGGACUGAUUCCGAUUCUGGAGCAUUUUUCGGAUAAGAGAAUGGCAGUGGAUUUACAGGACCUGUUCAAGCGAUUCACCUUUGAUUGUUUCUGCAUUACAAUUUUAGGACACGAUCCUGCUUCCCUGUCGAUAGAUUUGCCUCAUUUACUCCACGAGAAAGCCUUCUCGAUUGCAGAGGAAGCCGGGUUGUACAGGCAUUUGCUGCCGGGAGUUGUUUGGAAGACUCAAAAAUGGCUUCAAAUUGGUAGAGAGGGGAAGCUGAGCCGGGCUAUGGAAGCCAUUGAUGAAUACAUAUCUUACUGCAUAUCACUCAAGCAUGACGGACAAAUAAAUCCGGUCGAACCUGACAUACUAACAAGUUGCUCAAAAGCGCUAGCCGAGAAGGGAGCUGAUGAUCCAGCAGCUAAUAUAAUUUCCAAGAAAGUGUUGAAGGAUUUGAUGCUGAAUUUGAUCUUUGCAGGAAAGGACACGAUCAGCGCCACGCUUACUUGGCUCUUCUGGCUGCUCGCGACCAAUCCAGCCGAGGAAGAAAAGAUUCGAAACGAGGUUGCAGCAAAUUCAGGGGAGCCUGGAAAGUGGACAUUCAACACCACAGAAGGUAUGAACAAAUUGAUUUAUCUGCACGGCGCGGUGUGCGAAGCGCUGCGCCUAUUUCCGCCUGUGGCAGCUCAGCACAAAUCUCCAUUGAAGGAUGAUGUCCUCCCAAGCGGGCAUCUGAUCAAGGCGAACACUAGAACAUUCCUAAUCUUCUACUCAAUGGGGAGAAUGGAAUCAAUUUGGGGCGAGGAUUGCCUGGAGUUCAAGCCAGGGCGAUGGAUUUCCAAGGAAGGACGGAUUAAGGUGGAGCCGGCGUACAAGUUCACGGCGUUUAAUGCCGGGCCGAAGACAUGUUUGGGGAAGGAUGUCAGUUUCUUACAAAUGAAAAUGGCGGCAGCUGCGAUGAUCAGCCGGUUUAAGAUUGAGGUGGCGGAAGGGCAUCUGGUGCAGCCGAGUGAGUCGAUCAUUCUCCACAUGCGACAUGGUCUCAAUGUUAAGGUUUCCAAGUAUGCCUAAUUCAUGAUCAUCGUAAAAGUAAAAGUAAGUAGCCAUUGGAAUGGCAGCAGCUACUUCAAUCCGUUACCAGUGUUCGUGUUCGACAUGUACAUAUUUUGUCGAUCAAAUAAAUUGAAGUUUAUAUAUAUAACCACAAGUUACUAU